GCUUCAAUUCAUUGCAGAAUCUUUCUCUGUCGUUUUCUUAUUGCACAUACUUAAAAGAGUAGUACUUAAUUAUUUGUUUGAGUUCUUCAAGUAAAAAACAAAAUAAUGAUUCAAACUUAAUAACUGAUAAGCUUUCAAAGUGGGAAGUCCCUUUCUAAUUUGAAUUAUACUAAAGUUAAAUUGGAAAAUAUUAAUAAAAGUUUUUUAUUCCAAUAAAGAGGGAAAAUUUGUUCAAUCUUUUAUGUGUUGUGAAAACAAAACAAAUAAGAUACCAGUUUUUAACCAAAAGUAGUUUUUUAAUAACACCGAUUUUCGUAAUGGCCAUUGGGACUUCUGUACUUGAAGAUAUAAACUUACAUAAGGAACCGGAUACACAAAGCCCUCAUAUUUGUAAGCAUUAUAGUUCGAAACAAGGAAAAUAUAAAUUAGCUAUCAUUUCCACGGUUGUUGUUAUGCUCGUAAUAAUAAUUGGAUUUUUAAUUUUAAAUCGCUCAACAGAGUGUCAAAAAUCAAGUUCUGUGUCUUCGGAACCUGAAAAAAUAGAUGAUUUACACAUAAUAUCCAGAGAUGAAUGGUUGGCUCGACCACCAGUUGAACAACAAGAAUUGGUAGAGUUGGUACUUCCAAUUCAUCGUGUUAUUAUUGCUGAUACUGCAACUUAUAAUUGCAGCACUCAGGCUGCUUGCAGUUAUAGAAUUCAAACAAUUCAAAAUUACCAAAUGGAUUCUAUACUCUUCAAUGACAUAGCCUAUAAUUUUCUAAUUGGUGGCGAUGGAAAUAUUUAUGUAGGACGUGGUUGGGAUGCCCAAGGUGCACAUACAAAAGGAUUCAAUGUGGAUAGCAUUUGUAUUGCAUUUAUUGGUACAUUUUCAACAACAAGUCCACCAGAGAAACAACUUAAUGCUGCAAAAAGGAUGUUAAACGAAGGUGUAAGACUUAAUAAGCUUGUAGAAAACUAUAAGCUAUAUGGCGCUCGGCAGUUAAGUGCAACAUCUAGCCCUGGAAAUGCUUUGUAUGAAAUUAUUAAAACUUGGCCUAAUUGGUCUAAUCAAAUAUAAUUUAGAACA